GCUCCGGGCGGCCAUCUUGAGAGCGGGCUCUGCUGCCCGCGUCCAAGAUGGCGGAGGGCGCCUCGGCGUCGUCGCGCCGGAGCUGCGCCAGGUUGUCCACCGGCGGCCGCCUCAGCCGCGCGACGCCAUGAGCGGCUGGGCCCUGCUGCGCCUCCUGGGCCGGGGGUGCCGCCUCCGCCCCACGGCUCCCCGCGCCGCCCUCGCCCCCCUGCGCAGCGCCCGGUCCGGGCCGCCCAGCCGAGUCCUGCCGAGCUUUCUGUCACGAAGGUUUUCCCCUGAAUUUGAAGGGCUAUCUCCAGCCAUAGUAGAAAAGCAUUUAUUGCCAGCCCAGCUCUGGAAGCUUUUGGGCAGCACAUUCUAUUUUUCUACUUCUGGUUCCUGUCGCAAUGGCAAAAGUGGUGAAGGGUCCAAAGGAAAAUCCCCAGAGGAAGAUGAGGAGGAAAAGAAGCGCCGGGAGAGGGAAGACCAGAUGUACCGGGAACGGCUGAGGACCCUCCUCCUGAUCGCCAUCAUCAUGAGUUUGCUGAACUCCUUGAGCACCAGCGGAGGCAACAUCUCCUGGAAUGACUUUGUGAACGAGAUGCUGGCGAAAGGGGAGGUGCAGCGGAUUCAGGUGGUCCCAGAGAGUGACAUUGUGGAAAUCUACUUGCACCCCGGGGCAGUUGUCUUUGGACGGCCUAGGCUGGCCCUGAUGUACAGAAUGCAGGUGGCCAACAUUGACAAGUUUGAAGAGAAACUGCGAGCAGCAGAGGAGGAGCUGAACAUCAGUGUGAAGGACAGGAUCCCCGUCUCCUACAAGCGCACUGGCUUCUUUGGAAAUGCUCUCUACGCUCUGGGGAUGGCAGCCGUGGGAGUCGGCAUCCUCUGGUACAUCUUUCGCUUGGCCGGGAUGGCUGGAAGGGAAGGGGGCUUCAGUGCCUUCAAUCAGCUGAAAAUGGCCCGCUUCACCAUUGUGGACAGCAAGUCUGGGAAAGGAAUCAGCUUCAAGGAUGUAGCAGGACUGCACGAGGCCAAAAUGGAGGUCAAGGAAUUUGUGGAUUAUUUGAAGAGCCCUGAGCACUAUUUGCAGCUGGGAGCCAAGGUGCCCAAGGGGGCACUCCUGCUCGGCCCGCCAGGCUGCGGCAAGACCCUGCUGGCCAAAGCGGUGGCGACGGAGGCGCAGGUGCCUUUCCUGGCAAUGGCUGGCUCGGAGUUUGUAGAGGUGAUCGGAGGCCUCGGAGCUGCCCGCGUUCGGAGCCUCUUCAAGGAAGCCCGGGCCCGAGCCCCCUGCAUUGUCUACAUUGAUGAAAUAGAUGCCGUGGGGAAGAAGCGCUCCACCAACAUGGCUGGCUUUUCCAACACCGAGGAAGAGCAGACCUUAAACCAACUGCUGGUGGAAAUGGACGGCAUGGGGACCACUGACCACGUUAUCGUGCUGGCCUCCACCAACCGAGCAGAUAUCUUGGAUAACGCUCUCAUGAGACCCGGGCGGCUCGAUCGUCACAUUUUUAUUGACCUGCCCACCCUGCAGGAGAGGAGGGAGAUCUUUGAGCAGCACCUGAAAGGCCUGAAGUUAUCCCAGCUUGGCAGCUUCUACUCCCAGCGGCUGGCUGAACUGACUCCAGGCUUCAGCGGAGCUGACAUUGCCAACAUCUGCAACGAGGCUGCUCUUCAUGCUGCAAGAGAAGGACAUAAGUCCAUUGACACCUUUAACUUUGAAUAUGCUGUGGAAAGAGUCAUCGCUGGAACUGCCAAGAAAAGCAAGAUCCUGUCCCAGGAGGAGCGGAGGGUUGUGGCGUUCCAUGAGUCUGGGCAUGCCCUCGUAGGCUGGCUUCUGGAACACACCGAGGCGGUGAUGAAGGUCUCCAUAGCCCCUCGCACCAACGCUGCCCUGGGCUUUGCUCAGAUCCUGCCUAAGGACCAGUAUCUCUUCACCAAGGACCAGCUCUUCGAGCGGAUGUGCAUGGCCUUGGGAGGGAGGGUGUCCGAGGCCAUCACGUUCAACAAAGUGACCACAGGAGCACAAGAUGACCUGAGGAAAGUAACCAAGAUCGCCUACUCGAUGGUGAAGCAAUACGGGAUGGCGCCCAACGUCGGCCACCUUUCCUUUCCGGUCCAGGAAAAUACUGCCGGGAUUGGGCGGCGCCCCUUCAGCCACGGACUCCAGCAGAUCAUGGACCAUGAAGCAAAAGUGCUGGUGGCCCAGGCCUACAGGCGCACAGAAACGCUGCUUCUGGACAACAGGGACAAGCUGAAGGCGCUGGCUGAUGCCCUCCUGGAGAGGGAAGUGAUCAACUAUGAUGACAUCGAAGCCCUGAUUGGGCCUCCUCCCCAUGGGCCUAAGAAAAUGAUCGCCCCUCAGAGCUGGAUUGAAGCCGAGAGAGACAAACAGGAUGUGGGGGACGAAGAGCCCCCCCAGCAGCCCCCCAGGCAACGGGAAGAAGAGGAGGAGCCCAACCUGAGACCUGUUUGAAGCCACGUCAUGGCGAGGAGUAGGGGAAGAGUCUGUCAGCUUCUCAUCUGAACCAGGCUUGCUAGGAGAGGUUCUCCUCCCUUGCGCUUAAUGUGUGGACCUCUCUGCUCGGGUUUCUGGGGUGGCUUUCGCUGCUCUGGGAAUGAGUCGUGACAAUGGGUAUGAUGUCAAGCAGACAUCCUUGGGUCACUUGUGGGAGCCAGCUCCCUUCCCCAUGGCCUCCUGCCAAGGCUUCGAUCAGCCGCUGCCAUGCUCUGCCUCUGAACAUGUCGCCCGCUCAGGAGCCCUCAGUCUGUACCACAGACAUGAAUUGGCUGGCAGAGUUCUUCAGCGCUCAGGAAUAUCCAAGUACACGGGGCCUUUUCUGAUGAGAGUAGUUGGCCCGUGCCUAUGCUAAGGGCGGUGCGGAAUCCGAGUUCCUUGAGAACGCCAUAUGGCCUCUGGCCACAAAUGUUACAAGAAGGCAAAGACCAAGUCAAGUGGCUUUAAGAACGAGGGAGCACCUACAAGUCUUUGUUCAGAAUAUGCUUUUAGGGCAAAUAUUUGUCCAGAACUGCUGGAAGCAGAGGAGGAGGAAUGGGUUGAUCAUCACUAAGCAAAUGAGCGGGUGGGGGGGGGGGUGAGAGAGUGAGAAAGAGAUCAGCCAGUUCCAUUUGCACCCUCUCUUUAAAUGUGGGUUACUUCCCCGAGGAUUGUCUUUAUCCUGGAAGGAGCCUCUGCCAUGUUUUGGUCCUGCCAACGUUACAUUGCAGUUCUCUGGCCUUCUUCUCUUUCAGAGCCCUCAGGAUCAUAAGUACAAGUAUAAAACCAGUGGCCCUUGGCAAAUAGUCAUCAGUGAUCUGUAGCUACCACCUAGUGGUCUGUUCAGAACCUACAUGGAAUAGUAUUUUCCAGUCUAGCUGCCUCUGAGAAGUUCCCAAGUCUCUGCUGCUGUUCUCCCCAAAAGGGGAACCAAAUCCACCCACAAGAUAUUUCUGGAGUUACUCAACAUUCACCAGACCCCUCAGCUGUGUGGUAGCCUCAUCUUCAGAUAGCUUCAGGGGCAAGGAAGCCUUGGGUUCUAACUGUCAAUGUGUGUUUAUCUUGGAGGUUUGGAUGAUGUACAAGAAAAUAAAGUUUGGGAUUUAU